AUGUCGGCUGACUUGCCCGUCAUCCGCACUGGUUUGGCUGCUUUUUUCACCGAUUUUAUCUGUGCUAGUUCAUCCAAUCAGCUGGCCCUGGCUGAAGCCGUCCUUCCUUCGCUUACCACUCUUAUCAGGGCGCCUGCCACCUCGCCUCUCUCUGAGGUUGAUGCUUCAAUGCUCUCUGGCUUACUUGUCAGACUCACCGAUUCGGUUCAUCUCACAAAUGGUGCUAGGUCAUCUACCUGCAUCAAAAAGCCACUCCCAUCACCGAAUGUAGGAAAUAUAAUUGUCACUUACUAUGAGUCAAUGAAUUGGUUAGCAUUUUUUUCUAACCAUGUAUAUUCUUCAUUUAAAUGCAACAUCUCUCCUGGUUAA